GCACCAGGAUUUAUUUCACGUGGAGCAGUUUGGAUGGAGUUAAGAGCGGUGAAAGAGCCGCAAAUUUAGGAUGACUUCAGGCUCAUCACGGGCGACGACACCAGGAUGCUUUACAAGCACAGCAAGCACCUGAGUGGACGAUACAAGAAGUCUGCACAUCACUUGGUCUGGCUCCUCUGUCUUUGGGUUCACCUCUUGCCUCAAGUGGAUGGCUUCUUUAUAUCUGAUGCUAAGGCUGUCCUGCAAGGGUGUGAUGACCACUGGACCUUACAGGAGAAGGAGCGUAUGCCUGUGCUCUUUCAAACCACGGUAUGCGUGGACGUACAGGUCCUUUCCCCAGGUGAGUGGACAGCAUUUAGCUAUGUCUCGGCCCCUGCACCCCGGUAUGAACUUGCCCUGCAGGGGGAUGCAAACAACCUGUACGCCUGGCUGUUGGGUGUACGCCACCAGUUCCCUGUCCAGCUGACCACUCAUCACUGGUACCACAUAUGUCUACGGUGGGACGCCCCUCGCAAAAGCUUCAGCCUGACGAUAGGUGGCAACUCAGAAGUAUACCAGCGGACCGCCAUUGCCCGAGCAAUCCCUCCUUCAGGGCGUCUUCUGCUGGGUUGCCAACCAAACGAAGCCUCCCCUGGGGCGAAAAUGGCCACCGUGGAGCUCUACCUGUUCCGCAUAUGGGACGAUGUUGGAGAGCACAGAGCCUGCGAGGACGGGACGGUGAUUGGCUGGGACUCACGACUUUGGGCCGUCACACGUGCCCAGGCAAGAGUACAAGAUUAUAUGUUGCAAUGUGGUCUAGGGCAUCUGCGUAUGAAACGCAGUGCAGACGGUACUUCAGCCCCAUCCACAUCCCAAGGUUCAGCCAGCACCCGAGAGUUUGUCUCGACAUCUAGUCCACUCCAAUUGAUUUUGACUUCAAUAAUUACCGGUUCACUGAAAUCCACCACCCAAGGACAGAACCUUCAAUCUUUGAAUCAGGUCUUAAACACAGUCUCUGCUUCAACCACACAAGCCAGAACCACAUCAAAUCCUGCAGGACUCUCUACAACAACUUCUAAACCUUCAGUGACUCUCAGUGCACCAACACAAAUUCCCCUCACAUCAACUACCACAUCAAACACUAUUACACCUGCUAUUCAAGCUGGUUCAGCUGUUAAUAACAUAACUACUAUGUUAAACGCUAGUGGAUUAAACAUGUCACCUCCAACUCCAGCCUCACCUAUGUCUUACAUAACCGCUCAAACUAGCCAGAGCACGUCAACAUCUGCCCAGUCACUUUCAAGCAAUCACACUAGCCAUCCAGUCGGUACUUUUGAAACAACAGUCAAUCAUACGACAGAAAGAUCUUCCACUGCACCAACUGUCGCGACUCAAGUAACCAAUCAGACAGCGGUUCUACGAACAAUGACGUCCAAUGUAUUAUUCACAGAGCCAUUUGCAGUACAGUGUAACUUUUCCCAGUCCUGCGCUAAUGAAUCAUCAUACUACUGGAUGCUUGUGGAGGUGAAAGGCUCUAAUAUGACGGAGGGAGAGAUUCAAAUUUGGUUUUCAGAUCUUUUUCAUAAAAGCACCUGCUCUGCUGGAGUUUCAACAACAGGAAUCAAAACUACAUCAUGUCAAACUGACAUAGUCUUUGUGACUGCAGAGGUUAGAUGUGAAGCCAAGCAGAACAUCCAAAGGACAAAUUGCACUGUGGUACUACAGCUGAGCCAACCUGUGAAUACAUGCAUCCUCCGAAGGCUGGUGCAAAAUGGGACUGUAAACCCAUCAAUCCAGAUCCAGCUUCUGGGAGAUGUAGAAAGAGUGGGUGAGUGA